UAUACUUUCAUAAUAUACUUUCAUAAGAAUGGCCAAGCUUGUAAACUCUGCUCUUUGUUUCCUUCUGAUUAUUGCAGUUGCGUUGGCAAUUACUCAAGUGAAUGCACAGAAGAGAUGUAGUGUGGUGUUGAACCCAGAGGGGUGUGUCCUUUUUGACUGCAAAAAGGAAUGCUUUCAGAAAUACAACGGGAAUGGACUUUGCUCAAGUUCUGGCGCCACUAUUGGCCAAUACAUUUGCACCUGCGUUUAUAAUUGUACUUGAUCAAUUCCCUUUUGAUGUAACUCUGAUUCAAACAUAUACUUGACUUA